AUGUCGCCGCUGAGCUUCAGCGAGAUCCCGCUCGUCGUGCUGGAGAAGGUGGUCUGCCUGCUCAACGGCGAAGACAGAGGGCGCGUCCGGCUUGUGUCGAAAGCCUUCCAGAAAGCCUGUGAUGGCACGACGAGAUUCCUGAGCGUGAAACGCAGCCAAUGGAGCGGCUUCCCAGACCUGACACGCUUGGAUAAAUGCACGGUGGUCCUCUUCCUGGAUGACCUGGCCACGCUGCCCAGCUUCAGGUUGAACCGGUUCGAGCAGCCAACGAACGGGAGCUUCCUGCUGGUCUGCGGGGAAUGGUGGUGGAAGCGGGCGGAUCUGCGGCAAUGGAUGGGGCAACAAAAGGAGGGGAAAGUGUUCAAGGUGGGCUUGAUGCUGUGCAUAAUGGAGCAGGCCCAGAGCGAUUUCGACCUGUGCUCCAUGAUUGAGGAGGUCCUGGAUGAAGAAGCCCCGGUCCUCAGCUACCUGGGCGUGUGGUCCCAGCUGCUCGACAGCGUCCCCCUGAGCGACGGCCUGAGCUGGACCCGCCGCAUCCCCAAGCUGGACGGCCUGGAGGGCCUGUACUUGGAGUUCAUCAACCUGGACAUGACAGCGCUGCGGAGCAUGCAGCACUUGCGCGAGCUGCGCCUCUAUUUUGACGAGUGGGACACCUCCAAUUUCGCUGCCUUCGCUGGCAUGCCACAGCUGCAUACGCUCUUCCUGGAGCCCGCCCGCAAUGACAUCAUCAAGCCCAGCAUGCUCCUGGGCCUGGGCCAGGAUAUCAGGCAUGUGCUGGGGCGCACGUCGAGCAAGGCCAUCAGCGAGCAUCCCUUGUGGGCCGAUUUCAUGCCGCAGCUCUUCAACAAGCUCAGCAGCCUGCAGAGCUUUGAGGCUUCAGCGAAUGCAGCGGACCUGGUUGCAGCAGUGCUCAUCAUCCUGGCCAACAACCCAUCUCCCCAGGAUGUGGUUGUUGUGUCAACCUGGGUUGUGUGCCACUACAAGGGGCUCUGGGUGGCUCUGGACAGGGACACCAGCGCCUUCAGAGGAGUCUUUCGCAGCGUUGCUGCUGCCACACUGGCUGCCCCACUGCUGGUGACCCCAGGAAGCUUUGUGCUGCUGUUCUAG